AAGUUCCCGGAUGGAUGUCAGGAAGCGCGAUGCAGGGCUGCAGAAAUAAACACUAAAUGCGUGUUUUUAACGCGGCGUGUCAGAUUAAUCUCACCUGGAGCUGACACGUCUGUGAGUUUCGCAUUUUGUGUUCAGAUAAAAUAAAUGGAGAACAAAAGCAUGUUUUAUUUUCUGGGUUGACUGAGAGCAGAGACAGAUCACAGAGCUGAUUAAUGUGUUCAUACACUCCCCUGAUUUCUGCACAGUGCUCUGUGUGUGUGAAUGUGUGUAUGUGUUACUCAUGAAUGAGGGACGGUGGUCAAGUGACUUGGACCUGCGGAACGAAGUGGGCUCCACCAGAGUUCCGGACCGGAGCCAGAGCCAGCAUCAGAUCCGAAUGCUGGAGGAAGAGGAGGAGGAGAUGCAGGGAGGACAUGCCCGUCUCCAUCAUGACCUCACAAACAACAACAGCAGAGCAGGAAAAGAAGAGCAAGAAGAUGAUGAAGGUUCCAAAAUGGAGGAAGAGGAUGAGGAAAUGGAAAGUACCAGUGGAGCCUGUUCUCCUGAACUGAUACGAGACUCAUCAUCACUGAGCUGCAGUCCCUCAGUGUGUGAAGGUCCUCUGAGUCCUGAGGAAAUCCCAGUUGGUCUUUUUUCUCCUCGCGAUCUCAGUUGCUGCAUCUCUGAGUCUCUGCGUGUGUUAGAGGAGAGAGGAGACGAUGCUGCGCUGCCACACCGCCUCCAUCAGCUUGCUGAGUGUCUGGUGCAGGAGGAGGACUAUGAGAGAGCAGUGCACUUCCUCCAGCUAGAGAGACUGUAUCAUGAGAGAGUGCUGUCCAACAUCGUUGCCCUGCAAGAAACAUGGGAGAGCAGGUGGAGGUGUAGGAGGUCUCUAGAUAACUCCCUUCCUCACUAUAAUCUGAAUUCAGAACAUCUGGAAAAACUGAAACACAUCUGCAUGACACACAGACAACCAACAUGGAGCUCCGACACGUGUGAACUGAUACACAGGAUCAGUGUGAACAGUGAGAGCUGUGAAAAGAACAUCACACCAGAAUCUCCAUGCAGCGACAAAUCAGGGAUGUUGGAGCAAGAUGAUCUCUCUCCCAGUGAAAGUGGCACUGCCUUUUUGGCCCAGCAGAGGGAGCCUACACAUCUCUGUGACUCCGCCUCCAGCCUUCCCACUUCCUUUCCUCAAGCCCCACCCACCUUGGUAAUGACAGAAAGCUCCUUUCCGGCAUCUAUCAGAGAGGAAGCUGAGAAACAGAGCAAGAGAGAACAAGAGACUGAGGAAGAGAAAGAACAAGAGACGAAGAGGAUACAUCAAGAAGUUGGAAAGCAAAUGGAGCCUGGAGGAAGUGGAAAGGAGGCGGAACCUGGAGGAGGCGGGAUGGAGGUGGAGCCUGCAGAAUCUGACCCAAAGAGAGAAGAGGUGAUGAAAGAAGUAGGAGUGGAAACAGUGUCUCACACUGAGCUGGAUAAAGGAGCAGAGAAACAGGAAGAGGAAGUGGAACAGGAAGAGGAACAGGAAGAGGAAGUAGAAGAAGCUCUGGAGCUUGAGGAGGAGUUUCAGAGGCCAGAGGAUGCCGUAUUGGAUGACCUCGCCAAACGCAUCCAGGUGGAGGAGAUCGCUCCUGCAUCAGGCCUCGUCUCCAUCUUAAAGAGAAGGGUGUGUGAUGGAGGAGAUGACAGUUCCUCCACCAACAAACCCCUCACUAAACGCAGAGUCCGCUUCCACGUUCCUGAGGAUGGCCUGGAGCAAGAUGAGGUGGGCGGAGACUCUUGGCUCCUGCUGCUCCUUUUGUGCUUGGUUACUGUGGUGAUCAGCAUUGGUGGGACUGCCCUGUACUGCGCAUUUGGCGAUGCCCAUUCGAGUGUGUGUACAGACUUUUCACACAACAUUGAUUUCUACAUGGGGAAAGUGCAGCGCAGUGUGAACGACAUCACACAUUUCUUCUCCUCCUCUAGCUCAUAGCCUCCAUCCCUCCAUUUUUCUUUCUCCAACUCUCACUCCAUCUGUCUCUCUACCUCUGCCAAUGUCUCUCCAUCAGUAUGGAACAGAAGAUCCACCGGUCGAAAGAUGAGAGAUGGAAUGAGAGCACUGAUUUUUCAGGUCUGACUGGUUUAGCAGGUGUUGAUGAUGUCACAACUCUGUACUGGUGUUGAUGAUGUCACAACUCUGUACUGGUGUUGAUGAUGUCACAACUCUGUAUCGAUGAUGUCCCACGUUAUUUCCAGGUGCAACAUGUCACUCAAAAUCCCCCUUAUUUUAAACUUAUUUAAAUUAGAUGUGAUUGAGAGAGAGUCAUAUUUCUGCAGUUUUUAUCUUGGCAGGAAAUUAGCAUGUACAGAUUUCGAGAUAUCAAAGAGGGUGGAGCAUGUAGCAUUUCUGACAGCAGUUCUUUUUGCUUCUUAGCAUAAAACAUCUGUUUUAAUGACAAAAUAAUUGUUUAUCUAUCAUUAGCUUGCUACCAAAUUGGCUCGUUACAUAACAUCACACGGCUACUGCUACAGCCAUAAUGUUAAAGCUGGCUAAAUAAAAUCGUUAGCUGGCUAACGUUAACCCAAUGCUAGCCAUUACGUUGUGUAAUUACAUUGUGUAUAUCUAGACAAAGAAGGCUAGUAGUGAUGUCAUACUAUCAAGUUUUGUGAUUGGUUGAUCGAAUUGAACUUCAGCUCCACUCAUGACAAAAUCAGUAUGUGCGGGAAUUUAUAUCAUAUAUUGCUACACACUUUUAAAUCUUAAAUAUUGAGUCUUAGCAUAUUAGUAAUAGCAAUUUCAGUUUUUUACCUUGAUCAUUAUCAUGACACUAUGGAGAAAGUGAAGUAUGUAAUGAUAAUGAUGCAUAAAUUAUUUGUGACAGAUUUAAGUGGUUAGGAUUAAUAUAUGUUGUAAUAUAUGGGACAGAAAAGCAAUAUGUACUAAUGUUUUAAUGUAAAGAUUUUAAGAGUAGUGGUAUGAGGAGAGACACUGUGUUCUGUAACACUGUUUUUGCUACAUGUACUUAAUAUAUAUUGAGAUCUGAAAUACAUUUUUUACCAAGAGUUAGGAUGUUUUUGGGAAGUGAGGACAUUUUGGCUGGUCCUCACUUCUUCAAAGGGCUGUUUGAGGGUUAAGACUUAGUUUUAAGGUUCAGGUUAGAAUUAGGUUGGGGUUAUGGUAAAGGAUGGGGUUAGGUAUUUAGUGGUGAUGGUUAAGGUUAUGGUAAGGAACUAUCGAACACAUUGUGUCAAUGAAUGUCCCCACAAAGAUAGAAGUACAAGUGUGUGUGUGUUUUGUGUUUGAUGGGGGUGCGAUGUUUCCUCUACGCUGUGAUCAACAAAUAAACACAACACAUCUAUAUUUGACCCUACAGUUACAGGAGGAGGCUGCAGGCUAAAUAACGGCUAACAGACUGUUCCACACCUGCAGCAGUGUAGCUUAUAGCUAGCUAGCAGGAAUGCUGCUCAGUUAGUCUGAAGUUUAACAAAUAAUUUAUAAUCACAACAUGCAUCAACUUCAUCAAAAUGAAUAAAUAAAUGAACUAAUCCUUUUGCUUUCAAGCACAUCUGCCUCUUUGCUAAAUAAGUUCAAAUGUACAUCACUGUUUAUGUACAUCAAGGCUAGUUUGCCUGUUUAAGGGUUAGUUAACGUUAGCUCAUUUGCUAUAAUGCUAGUACCUGGAUUUGCCUGUUUACUGUAAUGCAGUUUCACAGUUUGAUCCGUUUGCCAUUAUGCUGUUUUUCACGUUAGCACAUGUGCUGUAAUGCUAGCUUGGGUUUUAGCCUGCUUAUUUGAAUGUUAGCUCCUGUGUUAGCCCAUUGGCUGUAAUCCUAGCUCCUGUGGGUAUUUAUUGAUAGACACACGUGGAGAUUAGAUACAUGGUCAGCUGUUUGGAUCAGAUUAAUUAUUUUACAGUAUUUAAUUAAAUAUAAAUUCUAAUAAAUCACGGCUGAGGCUUCGCGCCCCCUCAGACUGAACACGUGUGUGAUGCCUCACAGUCUCACAAGUUCACAGGUUUUAUUUUUAGUUUUAAAUUUUUAAUUAAUGUUUACUUUUUCUGUUAUGUGUGUGUGUGUGUGUGUGUGUGUUAUCGUCUGUAGUGUAAAACAAUUGUGUGUCUUAAAUUUCUCUGAGCAAAGAACACAUGAUGUCUUAAAACCUGCUGGAUUCCUUUUCAGUAGAAUCCCAGUUUUGGGAAAGAGAUCUGAUUAUUAUUGUAAUUAUUGUUCUGUUAAUUUGCACUCGUCCUCUGGCCGGCUCAGACGGCGGGGUUUCCGAUAUUUAUUUUAACGUAGGACAAAAAUCCAAAUCUGAAUUUAUUUGUUCAUAAUGACGUCUGUCCUGCUUUGUACUUCUGUAAAUGAUUAGUGUGGUUUAUUUAACCUACUCAGAUUUAAGUAUAAAUUAUCAUUUGUUUAAAAAGAUUCAUUUUACACUAAAAUAUUAUUUUGAUGUAUAGAAUUGUAAAUGUCUUUAUUCUGUCUUAUUGAGUGUCAGGACUCGUCAUACAGUGGUGCUUGAAAGUUUGUGAACCCUUUAGAAUUUUCUAUA